UGUAUACAUGGAAAAUAGUACUCCCAGCGCAUAUAUUACUAGUAUUACCCGUAAGCCUGUCCUCGUCAAGCUGAACAAUGGAUCUGAUUUUAAAGGUACUCUAGCUAGUCUAGAUGAAAGAAUGAAUCUCGCCAUGGAGAACACUUGCGAAUUUCUUGACGGAGUUAUGGUAAAAUCCUACGGUGACGCUUUUAUCAGGGGGAAUAAUGUUUAUUAUAUCAGCCACGACCCUAAAGCUUAACAUUUUUAAUGAUUUAAUCUAAUGAAUUUAUAAA